AUGUCUGCAUUGGUUUCUUUAUGUUUGUUAAAGAUUGAAUUAGUAGCCGACAGAAGUCGCAGCCAGUCGACGAUCAUGUUGGGCUCCGCGGAAUCCGGAUCCGCUUGCGAUGACGCAGCAACGGGCGGCAGCAUAGUUGGCGAUGAAGCAGCUGGGGCGGUGUCGAACGAACAUCCCAACAAUCCACGAUUGCAGCGAGAGAUGCGGGGCCAACGGAAGCCGAAAAAAAUCACAAUCGAAAGCUAUCGCAAUCGGCUACUGGAUGGUGGACCAGUCCCAGCCGACGAGUAUCGUGGCAUCCUGCCAAAGAGCUCGCGCGAACAGACACCGAUGGAUGAGGUGCCUCCACCUUCCGCCACCGAGAUACUCGGUGAGAUAAACUUCUUUUCCGGUAAUCCAUUCGUCGAAGUAACCAAAGGUAUCCUGCACCUUUUUAAGCGGAACGAACGGGCGGAUAUUUCGGAAGGUGGGGUAUCGAAAACGAUUUGCUUGAUUGCCGUACCAUCGUCCCUUAACUGCCAUGAUAUACUCAACUUUAUCGCACCGUGCCAGAAAGAGAUCCAACACGUUCGGAUUCUUCGCGACGGUUCACCGAACCAAUUUAUGGUUCUACUCGAGUUCCGUUGCGUAGAAGGAGCAAUUGAAUUUUACAAAACCUUCAACGGUGCACCGUACAACAGCCUUGAGCCGGAUACCCUCUGCCAUGCCGUUUGGGUGUCGAGCGUUGAGUGGGGUCUGGACGGUUGUUGCGUAACGCCGCAAGGACAUACCGAGCUACCGUCCUGUCCCGUGUGUCUCGAGCGUAUGGACGAAAGUGUGGACGGUGUGCUAACGAUCCUGUGCAACCACGUGUUCCAUGCCGGGUGUUUGAACAAGUGGGGUGAUUCCACGUGCCCCGUCUGUCGCUGCGUACAAACACCGGAACUUUCCGAACAGUCCGUCUGCAUGGAGUGUGAAGGGACGGAAGCGCUAUGGAUUUGUCUCAUUUGCGGACACAUCGGGUGUGGCCGUUACCAGGGCGGCCACGCAGCGACACACUAUCGAACGACUAACCAUACGUACGCACUACAGCUGGGUACGAACCGUGUGUGGGAUUACGCCGGAGAUAAUUUCGUGCAUCGACUGUUGCAAAGCAAGUCGGAUGGAAAGCUUGUCGCCACCCAGUCCCCCGGUGGAGAUGAUGGGGAAGAAAAGAUCGACUCGAUGCAACUGGAAUUCACUUACCUACUUACAUCGCAGCUCGAUGCGCAGCGGGAUUACUACGAGGAACGAUUGUCCCGGCUCGAAUCGAUCGUCGGUGGCGAAAAACAGAAGCUACAGGAAGAUAACGAGGUGGCGAAAAAAAAGACGGCUGAGCUGGAGGUAAAAUUGCACGCUCUAACGAAAGAGAAAAACAGUUUAGAACGGAAAAUCACGCAAUUAACAUCGAAGCUUAGCACCGUUCUGGGUGAACUGGCCGAGGAGAAACAAUUUGGAAAAACGCUACAAGCAAAUCAAAUCACUUGGCAAACCAAGUUCGCCACCUUGGAGAAACAAUGCUCGGAGAAGGAACAAGAAAUUAUCGAGCUAAAGGAGCAAGUGCGUGAUCUUAUGUUCUACAUGGAAGCACAGAAUACAAUUGCCGGUUCGGAGCUAAAAAGUGAACUAGUCGACGGAACAGUCGUGCUUCCGGCCGAUGCUGUUGCGGCCGCUUCGUCUAUUUCCUCCCACAGUGGACUCGCAGUGGGCACUAGCGCAAAUGGCGGUAAAGCCAAGCGUCGGCAAAGGAGAAAGUAA